CGUAGGGUUCGCACGGCGGCCUCCAGUGGCGUGUAAUUCAGACCGGCAGUUCCAGAACGCCCGCGGCACAAUGAUCAAACUCUUCCGCUUCAGUGGUGUCCUGAGGCAGCUUCUUGCCGUUCUGGCCGGCGACCUGGCGAUGCUGGCGGGCGGCAUCGUAAUGGCGUGGUCGUCGCCGGCGCUGCCCAAGAUGAGCCUGACCCCGUCGCAGGGCUCGUGGGCGGGGUCUCUGCCGUCGCUGGGCGCCGCCGUGGGCCCCUGGCUGGGCGGCUGGCUGUCCGACAGGCUGGGCCGCAAGGCCACCGUCAUGCUGGGCGCCGCGCCCAUCGUGCUCAGCUGGGUGGCGCUCAUCUUCUGCGAGUACGAACCCGUCUGGCUGUGCGUCGUGCGCUUCGUGUCCGGCCUCGGCGUCGGACUCAUCUUCGCCGCCAUGCCGACCUACGUGGGGGAGAUCGCUCAGGCAGACGUCAGAGGCGCGCUCUCCUCGCUGAUCCAGGUCUCGAUGACGACCGGCUUCAUGAUCGACUACUGCGUGGGCCCGUUCGUCUCGUACACAACACUGGCGAUCAUUGGGAUGGUGACGCCGCUGGUGGCCGUGGCGUGCUUCGCCUGGAUGCCCGAGUCGCCCUACUACCUGCUGGCUGUGGGAAAGGACGCCGCCGCGGAGAAGUCGCUGCGCUGGCUGCGGGACCCAGACCGCGACGUCAUGUCGGAACUGCGUCAGAUGAAGAAAGCCGUGGAGGAGUCCAAGCUGAACGAGCCCUCCGUGCUGGACCUGUUCCGGUCGCGCCGCUGCCGCCGCGCGCUGGCCAUCUCUCUGGGCGUGGUGUGCUCCGAGCAGAUCCAGGGCAUCAACGCGGUGCUCUUCUACAGCCAGAGCAUCUUCAUCGCGGCAGGUGGUUCCGUCAGCGACAUCGUCGCGCCCAUGAUCAUCAACGGCACCAUGCUCGUGGAGUCGUGCUUCGCUCCCUUCCUGGUGGACCGGGUGGGACGCAGGCGGCUGCUGCUCUUCUCUUCUACCGGCAUGUGUCUGGCGCUGAUUCCUUUGGGCGUAUUCUUCGUUUUGAGCGACGCAAAGCAGGAUGUGGAGAGCAUCGGAUGGAUUCCCGUCACAGCCCUAAUCUUCUAUAUUAUCGUCUAUACGCCAGGUUACGGCUGCCUACCAUUCACGGUAUCUGGCGAAGUCUUCCCACCCAACGUGAAGAUCGUGGCGAUGCCGAUGGCCGCAUGCGUGUCUUGGUUCAUGUCCUUCAUAGUCACCAGGUUCUACGAAGACAUCGCCCUCGCAGUGGGAAACGGCGGUCCCUUCUUCGUGUUCGCGGGAUGCGCACUACUCGUAACGAUUUACGUCUACUUUGUGGUGCCGGAGACGAAGGGGAAGACUCUUGAGGAAAUACAAGAGAUGCUCGGCGAGUAGAAGGGCGCGCCCGUCGGAUCUGUGCUGCCAGCGAUCGGUAGUUAGAGAACUCUGCUGUGCAAUAUUCUGUGCCGGGAGCUGUUUCGUUAUGUGGAAGUGUUAGUAGACAGUGGCUUCUUCUUGUGAUGGUAUGUCCAGAGUUGCCAAUACUUCGAUGGAGCACCUCAAGAAGAAGAAGCAUGCAACCCUGUUACUAGGAAAUUAUUUCAUAAGUAAGAACACAGAAAAUGCACCGUCUGUUUCGUUAUUAGACGUGAACUACACGUAUAAUGUCUCAGAGGGAGAUAGUUCAAAGUGUGAACAGUUGAAGUCGACAUUUACGACACAACGUGACGCUACGUAGCUGUCUAAUUACAUUCGCUUGGAACCGAGAUGACUUCAAUUGACUUUGGGAAAGAUCCCCUCAUCAGCGCCACGAUCAGUUCCUUUCUCGCACACUCAGAACUCCUUCUCCAAAGGUGUCAUCGGGAUGCUAAGUUGUAGCCGCUCAACUCUGCAAAGAUAUUUUAUGGCUGUGGAAUGUCUUCCGUGUAUCGCUAGCAGUUAACUUCCAGUGUAAAAAUGACACAUUCUGUACUCCAGUAUGGAGAAUUUAGAACAACUGUUUUGUCUUGUGCUACCAAUGCAAGAGAUACUUGUACUGGCCGAAGUUAGCAUGUAAAGAACAAGAAACUUAGAUAGCAAUGACGAAAGACUACUACAUUUUAUACAUCACCAAGGACGCUCUACAACAUCGUUUCUACAUUUCUCAUUAACGGUCCUGCACCAGCAGAGCAAAAGCUUUCAGUAUCGCCCGUUAUUUUGAUGCAAAUAAAGGGACAUUUAAAUGGAAACGUUGACGUCUGGAAUUCUGCGCUCUGGUUUCCGCCAAAUAACAACUUCCUUAUUGUUAUUUCCUUUUUAAGAUCACUGUUCACCCCUGAUUCUCUUCAUUUAGCUCCUAUGACUUUCUUCUGAUAAUAGAGAUCUACGUCAUAUGUACAAUUAAAAAAACAGGUUAUUAGAUUAAACAAAAUAUUUUCUUUUCGCGUUGAGAUAUUUUGAUAAUUCGGUCAAACUUUUUCCCAGGUACUAAAAGCGUUGGUGCAAAUAUACGAUUGUAUGACAUCAUAAACAGCACAUGCCAUGCCGGAUAUUAUGGGAAGAAACGGACCCUUUUCAAUGAAUAAAAAUAAUAUUUCGAAAAAAUAUACGCUCAUUUCGCAGUGGACAACCAGAUACAGCAAUUUUAUUACAGCGUGUGUAGUAAACGGUUCCUUUUGUAUUGUACUGUACUGCCUGUUCUCUUUGAGUACUGUUGUUCAAAAUGCUAUAGAUCUAAAGCAAUACGUUUUGCACUUCGUGAAGACAAAUUGUGCUCCUACUUGAUGAGUGUGUACAUUAUUAUUUAACGUAUGUAAAAUCAUCACGUAAUGCAUGCUCGUUUCUUCCUGCCACAGUCAGUUUCUGAUGUGUCAA